UCAAAGGCAGAGGAAGUCUUGUGUAGAACGAAGAUGGCUGAAUUCUACUGACAAAAUAAAUUGUUAGCUGAAUUCAUUACCAGCUGUGAGAACAUUUGUGUUUAUCAGUAGCGUUCUCACUUUGGUUAUAUAUAUUUCCUCUUAAACUAUGUAAGUUAUGUAAAGAAAAUUAAUGAAAUUAGUUGUUUUUUUCUCUUCACAACAGGUGCUCUCUCUGCCCCUUCUGCUGUUCAGAGUCUGAUUGUAUAUCGACUUUAUCGUACUUUCAACUUUCCCUUACCAUUGCCAUUAUCAUCUAUCUGACCAAAAAAAUAAAUCUGAAUGUAUGCUUGACAGUUAUUAGCUUUGAAUUUUGUGUGCAACACUUCAUUAGAGUAAAUAUACAACGACUAAGCCUAUGACUUUACAAGGGCUAGACAGGAUCUAGAAAAAAUAUGGAAUGUCACUGACUGAAUGUGGGCUGUACCGUACCCGGGUAUUACUAUACUAUUACUAUUAGUAUUGCUGUAUUUUACUUAGCUGCUUACUUACUGUCUUUACUAACUUAACCUACAACUUGGACUAAUCAUUCACUCAAAUCAGCCACUCUUAGUGCGGCCUAGAGAUAAACACUAAUAUGCAUUUCAUUGUUAAAUUUUGAAAGCGUAUGGGCAUGGGAGUAUGGCGUAAUAGUAUUGACAAUUGAAAUUCAUAUUAUGAAUUAUGCUUAUCGCUGUCUAGCCCUAAGUGGCAGGCUUGAGCCUGAGCAGGCGCCUAUAAAAAUUAUAUUUUAAAAUACAUUAAUUUAGCAAAAUAAGUCAGGAAAAAUUGCAAAACUAAAUUUGGGUGUAGGCAGAUAGCCUACAUCAGAAAGUAAAAAUUCUUAAAUAGUUUUAAAUUAUUAGGCCAUGCCCUUCAGUUAAAAUCUAAGUUUGUAAUACUAAUAAUAGGCCUACACUACUAUGUACUAUGUCUUAAAUUAUUUAACUUUUUUUUUCAAUUCACCACGCGCAAUCAGUGAUAGUUGUCAGUGUUAUUGUUGUUUGGCCUACAGAACCUAUGGAAUAUUUCUUGGCUAAAAUUAUUUUCUAUUAACUCAAGAAUUUUCAAUAAAUCAUUCACUUUUUUAUUGUCUGAUUGGAAAGUACAGCACAAUUUUAAAAAAACUAUAAUAUUAGUUUAUAUCUUGAAUUUUAUAGUUGCAACCUCACCUCAUUGCUUUGUAUUAGCUUGAUUCAUUAGAUGUCAAAAACUAAUUCGUUUAUUUGUUUAAAAAAAUAAUUUAUCUCCAUUUAAAGCAUUUAUUUUGGUGUACAUAAAUUAAGUCUCACAUAAACCAAAGCUAUUUUUUUUCUUAAUAUUAAGGAAAUAUCACAAAGUUAAAAGGAGUUUUUUUUUAAAUUUCAGUCCCCAUUCUCUGACUGGUCCUUAUUGCAAUAUCUAAGGAAUGAAACUUAAGUCUGUUAAUGAUGAUGUUAAUGUUAGGGGAGGGUGGGAGAGAAACUCCAAUCAGGUUAGGUAAAAGGAAUAAGUAGAACUAGGUAGGGGAAAACCUGAAAAAAUGACAUCUGUUAGCUGCCUGUGAUAGGUGUCUGCAGGAUCCAGGCAUCUGUUCCAUGUCUCUGAGGGUCUUCUGUACUUUAACAUUUCUUGAGAUCCACCUUAUGUAUGUUAUUCUGUGAGCAUGGGGGCAAACGCCAGUAAUGAUCUAACUAUAUCCAGCUUGUCAAAUACUUAUUUUGAAAUUUGUCUAUCUUUUUCAUCAAGGAACCUUAUUGCUUCUAUUUGGUUAAAGGCAACAUUAAUACAAGCUAAUGGUCAUAUGGAUGAAAAUGUGUGGGCUCUUUAUUGACAGCUUUUCUUUCAGCUUAGCAACAACAAAAAAAGACUGCCAGGAAACAAUUAUUUUACUUCCCAUAUCAAAUGAUGGUACACCAGUGAUUUGAAUUACCGUAUUUAUUGGCGUAUAACACGCCCCUGCGUAUAACAUGCACCUCAAUUUAACAAGGAAAUUUCAGGAAAAAAAACUAAACAUUACAUCGGCGUAUAACACGCACACAUCAUUUGCUCCCUAUUUUCAGGGAGAAAAAGUGUGUGUUAUAAGCCUUUCUGUGGUUAGCAAAAUCAUUAGUUAAGAUGCAAAUGAUUUAAUGUAUAUUUGUUAAGGAGAAAUCGCUCUAUAUCAAUGAUUUUGCUUCCAUUUUUAUCUGUGUUUAUGUGCUAUAAUCAAGGCUUGUUUUUUUUUUAUUAAUGGGAUGUGAAAUUUGCUCAAGAUUUUUACAGAUGUCAUUACUGGAGAUGGUCCCCAUCUAGAUUGCAAAAUCAACACAGAUCUUUUUUACUGGAAUUAUAAAAAAUGGAUUAAAAUGAAAGCAAUGAUUUUGGAGAUAUUCCACUUGCUAAUUAUGACAGUAUUAGCUCUAGUGAUUGUUAUGACAAGAGUCAGAUAUUGACAUAUUAGAAAACUCCUAAGUUAAGUGGUAUUGUUACAGAUACAUUUGUUUGGGAAAAGGCAGAAUUUGAACAGAAAAGAAAAAGAUUUGUGUCCCAAAGACCUACCCUAAAGAGUUUCAAAGACAUUGAUGUUUAUGCCAUUAAGAUAUUCACCAAAAUUACAAUUAUCAAUAUAAGUACCUAUAACUUGACAUUUCUGAAAGAAUAUUGCUUUUAGUAUCUCAAAAAUUUGAUUUAACAAUAGUUUGAACAAUUUAUAGAAUUAGGUUAGGUUGAAUGAGAAGUUGAGUGGUAAAAAUUUUACUUACUCUGUAAAGGUAAAGGUCAAUAUAAACAUACAUAAUAUAAAAACAAAUUCUUUUCAUACUAUAAGUUUCCUUGUCCAAUGCACUUUGAGAAAAAAUUAUACUUGUAAUUGUCUUUGAAACCAUUAAGCAUGGGAUUUGGUAAUUGUUGACGAGCAUAUGAAAUGCUAAUAAAGGCCUAACUCUACGGAAAAUAAAAAUGCACUUGACAGUUAUAAGGUUAAGUUGUUUUUUAUAAAUGCGGUUCAAUAAAAUGUUGAAACAGUCAUUAUUUCUCUUCAAGUAUUUUUAUGUUUGUUAUUUUCUAUGGAAAGUAAUUUGUGAGAUUUUGAAUUAAUUUUUUUUUUUUUUUUUGGUGUUGCUAAAACUGUUUCAAUUCUACAGCUCUUUGCUAAUGGCCAACUGAGUUUUGAUGGCAGGAAAAAAAAUUGAUAUCAAUACAGCAACAGUUAGUGAUCUGGAGAAUUUAGCUGGUGUUGGACAACACAGGGCAGAAGCCAUUCUCAAACAUAGGAGGGUUGGUAGCAUUGUUAAAACAUGUUUAGAUCUGGAUCACCAAAUUACAUUUUAUUAGUUACUCACUUAAGUUUACAAUUAUAUAUUAACAGUUAACUUUUUUUUUUAAUAUCAAAGGAUGUAAGAUAAGAAGUUUUUAAAAUAAUAUUUUCCUUCCUGGACAGGAGAGUGGUGGGUUUAACAGUGUUCUUGAGUUGUCCUUAGUUCCUGGUAUUAGCCCCGCCAUCAUUGAGCAGAACAAAGGACGCAUCAUCUGCCGGAGACCUUCUCCUGCAAAAAAGAGAAAUGGACAAUCAAAAACGUAAUUUAUCUUUAGUUACCUUAAGUUUAAGAAAACGCAUAGACUAAAGCCUAAAAUUUAAUUGUUAUUGAAAAAAAAAUUAUAAUUUAGAUUUCAUAUUCAAUUUAUGCACGAGUUUCUAGCCUUCUUGAUUUCAAAUUUACAAAAUAAGUUUAACAUCUUUAAAAAGAAAAAAAAAAAUUAAUUUUCCCCAUCACAGACAAAGACGAACUACAAGAAAAAGUGGGAACUUGAAUGAUACUUUGGACAUUUGCAUAUUAGAACCUACUGGAAGUGGGCCUGAUUGUACUCAUACAUCACCAACACCUUGUCACUUCACACGAUCUCAGAGUGCAGCACUACGACUAGGGCAGUGCAGUUCAUCAGAAACUCCUCCAGCAGAGAGUUCUUCUGCCAGUUUCAUAGUGACACGCAGCGGAGCUGGUGCUGUUAGGGCACCUGUCAAUAACAGGGGUCAUGAAGAAGAUAGCGGCAACGAUGGCGAUGAUGAGAGAGAUGAGAGGAUAGCUGCGGCCGCAGCCGAUGAAGAAGCUCAAUUACAAAACAAUUUAAAUAAUAUUUUUAUUGAGGACAAUGAAGCUAACGGUGCCUUGGAAGAAGGUGCUUCUGACAAUGAGGGCAGCCACGAUGAUGAAGAAAGUCUACUAAACCAUCCGGCUGACAGCUUUGAUGGUGACUGUGAUAAUGAAGACAAUGAUCAAGAUGAAGAAGAAGAAGAAGAAGAUGACCACCAGAGACCUUCUGUUAGUUUCAACUUGAGGCCGAGAUCGGGGUGUUGCUCUUCUCUGAGAGAUGAAAAGGGUGAUUCCAAAUGGGUGAGUUGCUUUUUAAAAGAAGUUUAAUGAUAAAAACACACUCAUAGCUCAUCAUUCUAAAGUUGUUAGAUUUUAGCUAACAAAAAUUGUCAUAUGCAUUAACUCCAUGUUGUGAGAUAUGUACUGGAGUCACUUUCACCACUUUCCACGCCUAUGUGUUGACCUAAUUUUGCUUCAACUACUUGUCUGCUUUUUUUUCUUUUGAUAUUGACAUCACUUAUUAAAUUUGUAAAGCUCUACCAAUGCAUCCCUCCCGUGAUUGGGAAAAGGCUGUUUAAGUUCUAUUUGUUCUAAAGAUUUCUAUUGGGUGAUGCAAUUUCGAGAAUUUCUUUUCAGUAUGGUUCUAACUCUCUAUCUAUUAAUAAGCCAACAGCUUUCCUAACCAGGAGAGAUUUUUGCAGAUUUUCCUAGAUAUUUACGACAUGUCUAUAUUUAUAUUUGUCUAUUUCAAGGAUUAUACUUUUUUCACUUGCUGUGCUGUAAGAUAUAAUAGUUUUAAUUUAUGUAUAUUUGAUUUUGUAAUUUUUAUAUCAACUUAAUAGUAUAACUAAGUUGAAUAUUGUCAAUAUUACUAGCUUAGGUAUAAUUUUUCUGUGUAUACUGGUUGUCAGUUCCUUGUUACUUAAUUAUAAAUCUAACGAGUCAAAUCCUAAAACAGAUAAAAUCUCCAAAAACCAAAUAACGCCACAUAAAUAUUAAUAAUAAAGUUUAUUUUUUAAAAAUCACGCUUCAUCCCCAAAGGCUCGAAGCACGGUACAAAGUCAACCAAAUUAAAAAAGAAAUGAAACAAUCUAAAUUUUACCACAUUAAAACACAAAUUGCAACACUACAAAAACUACAAACGAGCAUAGCCAUUCACAGUCUUUUAUCCCAUUCAACUAUAAACAACACAAGCCAAUAUACAUCUAGAAGAUAAUAGCUAGCUGUAAAAGAUGGUAGACAACAUUCCCCCCCCCCGGCACAUGUUUGCGAAAUAGAUGUGUUUUCAAAUCGGUUUUGAAAGAUUCCAGUGUCUGGCUGAGAGCGACAGGAAGGGUGUUCCAAAUUGUUUGGCCAGCAAAUGCGAAAGUGCGCCUUCCAUAAGUCUUAAGGCGAACACGCAGUAUAGAGAGUUUGCCACUCUCGGAUGAGCAGAGUUGUCUACUGGGUACAUAAGGCGUCAUGAGCGCUUUGAAAUAGGACGGCGCCAGGUCAUGCAAGCAGCGGUAGCACAGAGUUGCAAUUUUGUACUCUAUGCGAGCACGGACCGGCAGCCAAUGCAGCUCUCUCAGAAGUGUUUUAGCAUGGUCAAAUUUGCGCUUAUGAAGAACGAUGGGAGCCGCAUUAUUCUGUGCUUAGCUGUAAGACCAACCAUGAGAGCAUUGCAGUAGUCCAUGCAUGAUGGCAUGAAUGCAGACAUCAGCCUCAUAGUUACAUUAAACGUUAAGAAAGGUCUGAUAUGACUAAUUCUGCGCAACUCUAGAAAAAUCGCCUUGCAAAGCAUGUUAAUGUGAUUUUCCAUAGUUAGUGUUCUGUUUAAGUAAACACCAAGGUUUCACACUGUUUCAAACUCAAUCUGCACACCUGAGAGAGUAAGGGAUUCUGUGUUAUUUACAGAUUUUAGCUUUUGAGCGGUAGCAAUGGGAAUCAGGUCGGUCUUUUCAUCAUUCAGUUUGAGAUUGUUCAUUGUCAUCCAGUGCUUAACUGACUCCACUGUCUUCUGCAUCAUACUAAAAAGCUUAGGGAACUGAGAGGGGAUCACGGAUUUCUGAAGUUGGGUAUCUGAGAGAUUACUGCAAUUAUUUCUCUGAGACAUCUUUUGCUAUUUUCACUACAAAUAAAAGGUCCUGUUUGAUUUAGUUAUCGAUCACUCAUGUCAUUUAACAAAGAUGUUACUAAAAAAAUUUUUUUACAGCCUUUGAAGAGGAAGUCUGAAACAGAAGAUGACAGAGAUGCUGACAUGUCUCCUGGGAAAAAGCUCAGAACUGCGGUAGUAAGGUAAAUAGUGUCUCCAGAUUACAUGUUUUUGAUACAGUUGCUGUUUUGUAAUCAAUGAAAGAUGUGCUCCCAAUUUAAAAAAAGUGUUAAGUGAAUAAAUUUUUGUGAUCUAUUGGCAACAACAUAAAUUAUAUUUCUUCUAAGUUUUCAUCAGAUAUUCAUUGUACCUUGUUCCCCUGAGUUCUAGUUAAAAACUGUUUUACCAUUUCUGCCUAUUUUAGUUGUCACGUGUGUGGACAGAGUCUUGCCAAAGUUCCAAGAUGGCGGUUAGCACAGAUGCCACGUGGCAAAAUUCCAUCCAAAGACAAUCCUCCUCCUAAAAUGGAUGACUGGCUAAAAACAUUUCAGGUGAAUUUUCCAAAAACACAACAAACUUCUUUCUUAAAUUUUUAUAUAGGAGCUGUAGUUAUAUAUAUCUAAAAUUCAAAAAAUUGUAUCCCUUUCCCUUUUGUAAUAGUAAUGUUUUUAAUGAAUAUUUCCUAAAGGCGUGGGGCAAUGCUGAAAGAAUGAUGGCAGUGGAUGAGCUGAUAAACCUGUGCGAUCCAACACAAGUGCGGCACAUGAUGCAAGUUAUAGAACCUCAGUUCCAGAGGGAUUUUAUCUCUCUUCUGCCUAAAGAGGUACGUUUUCAAUGUCAUGUUAUUCGUGACAUCAAAUAGUUGUUCAUAAAAUUGUCUUUUCUUUACUAGAUUUCAUUUAUAAAUCUUAAUGGCUUAUUUUUUUUUUGUAUUUAAGAGGUCAAAAUUGUUUUCCCACUCAUUAAUAAAUAUAUUAAUUGUUUAUAUUUAAAAUCAAAUAACCGCAGGAUGUUGAGAAUGACACAUUGACCUAGUUAUCUUUUUUUUCUAAAUCCAAACAUGAAAAGAAUAAUUUGUAACAAAGGGUUGGAUUCCUUUUACUUUUGUCUCUAUUUUCUCAAACACUUUUCUGCACAUGUAUUUCCUCCUUUUCCAGCUGGCGUUAUAUGUUCUGUCAUUUUUGGAGCCAAAAGAUUUGCUAAGAGCGGCCCAGACCUGUAGGUACUGGCGGGUCCUUGCUGAAGAUAAUCUAUUGUGGCGAGAAAAAUGUAGAGAGGAGUGUAUUGAUGAAGAGACCGUAUAUGGGUCUCGCAUGCGUCGACGUCAUUCGGCUCGAAGUCCUUUCAAAUCACUAUUUAUGCGUCAAUCUCAGAUAGAGCACAAUUGGAGGACAGGGGUCAAUCGUCCUCCUAAAGUAAGCUUUGUCUAUAGAAGUAACUGAUGAAAGCUAUCAAAAUAAUUAUACAUUUUUUAUAGCUUUGUCCAGCUAUGAUAUUUUAACCUUAUGUAUGUUGUAAUUUUAUAGUUGUUCUUUUUUUCGGUAAUAAUAUUAACCACAUAAUCAUCAAUUAUUCAUUCUUCCGUUUAUAAUUUCUGAUAUCCUCAUAUUUUUUUAUAAAAAAGAUUCUUAAAGGUCAUGACGAUCAUGUGAUCACAUGCCUAGAGUUCUGUGGAAAUCGAGUGGUCAGUGGUUCAGAUGACAACACGCUCAAAGUCUGGUCUGUUACCUCAGGGAAGGUAUGUUCAGAAAUGUUUCUCUUCAGCUCAGUUUGAAAUAGAGCUCUGAAAUAUAUUCAGGCAGAAAAUUGCUAGAGUCUAUUGCAAUGUUUUUAAGAUUUGAGAGUUGUAAAAUCUACAAUUUUUUGUCACCAGUGUUUGCGCACACUUAUUGGCCAUACCGGGGGUGUCUGGUCAUCUCAGAUGUCAGGUACAGUGGUAAUUAGUGGCUCAACAGAUCGCACCCUGAAAGUUUGGAAUGCUGAGACAGGGCAGUGUAGACAUACACUAUAUGGUCAUUCCUCAACUGUCCGGUGUAUGUCAUUACACGGUAACCAGUGAGUAGAUACAUUUUAUACAAAAUUUUUAAUGAAUACAUAAUUUAGAAUCUUUCCUACUUUUGGCACAAUUUUUUGUUUGGUAUAGACAGUUUUUUUUUUGUUGCAGUAAAGACUCAUACACAAGAGAAUAGAAUGCUAUACAUUAAAAAUGUUUCUCUCUUCCUCCCACAAAUUGUCAGACAUUGUAUUUUCUUUCUCAGAGUUGUAAGUGGGUCAAGAGAUGCCACAUUAAGGGUCUGGGACAUUGACACCGGAGUUUGUAAACACAUCCUUAUGGGGCACGUGGCAGCGGUGAGAUGUGUUCAGUUUGAUGGUAAGCGUGUAGUCAGUGGUGCCUACGACUACACGGUGCGUGUGUGGGAUCCUGAAACAGAGACUUGCCUCCACACACUUCAAGGACAUUCCAACAGAGUUUAUUCCCUACAAGUGAGGCUUUCUGUUGGAUAAUGAUUUUUUUGGAAUCCUGUUUUUGAAUGCUGUCUCUCAAUUCUUUUUAAUGUAUUUUAUUUUCAUUGAAUUUCUUUUAAGUUGUUUUAUUUUAAAACCCGUGUUGCUUAAUUAAUUUAUUCUGUAGAUAAGCAACUACUUAGCAGUAUUUUGGCAAACACUAUAAACAAAAUUCUCCUGAAGUCUUGAUCUGACAUUUUUGUCAGAAGAGCGCAGAACACUUACUUUGGCCUCUGUCUUCAGGGGCAGAAGUUUCUACAUGGGGAUACCCUGAUGUACUGAUAGGUGGGGAUACCUUGAUGUACUGAUAGGUGGGGAUACCUUGAUGUACUGAUAGGUGGGAUACCUUGAUGUACUGAUAGGUGGGGAUACCUUGAUGUACUGAUAGGUGGGGAUACCCUGAUGUACUGAUAGGUGUGGAUACCCUGAUGUACUGAUAGGUGGGAUACCUUGAUGUACUGAUAGGUGGGGAUACCCUGAUGUACUGAAAGGUGGGGAUACCUUGAUGUACUGAUAGGUGGGGAUACCUUGAUGUACUGAUAGGUGGGGAUACCCUGAUGUACUGAUACGUGUGGAUACCCUGAUGUACUGAUAGGUGGGGAUACCCAGAUGUACUGAUAGGUUGGGAUACCCUGAUGUACUGAUAGGUGGGAUACCUUGAUGUACUGAUAGGUGGGGAUACCCUGAUGUACUGAAAGGUGGGGAUACCCUGAUGUACUGAUACUGAUAGGUGGGAUACCUUGAUGUACUGAUAGGUGGGGAUACCCUGAUGUACUGAUGGGUGGGGAUACCCUGAUGUACUGAUAGGUGGGAUACCUUGAUGUACUGAUAGGUGGGGAUACCCUGAUGUACUGAAAGGUGGGGAUACACUGAUGUACUGAUACUGAUAGGUGGGAUACCUUGAUGUACUGAUAGGUGGGGAUACCCUGAUGUACUGAAAGGUGGGGAUACCCUGAUGUACUGAUAGGUGGGGAUACCUUGAUGUACUGAUAGGUGGGGAUACCCUGAUGUACUGAUAGGUUGGGAUACCUUGAUGUACUGAUAGGUGGGAUACCUUGAUGUACUGAUAGGUGGGAUACCUUGAUGUACUGAUAGGUGGGGAUACCCUGAUGUACUGAUAGGUGGGGAUACCUUGAUGUACUGAUAGGUGGGGAUACCUUGAUGUACUGAUAGGUGGGAUACCCUGAUGUACUGAUAGGUGGGGAUACCCUGAUGUACUGAUAGGUGGGGAUACCUUGAUGUACUGAUAGGUGGGAUACCUUGAUGUACUGAUAGGUGGGAUACCCUGAUGUACUGAUAGGUGGGAUACCUUGAUGUACUGAUAGGUGGGAUACCUUGAUGUACUGAUAGGUGGGAUACCUUGAUGUACUGAUAGGUGGGAUACCCUGAUGUACUGAUAGGUCCAUUCCAAAUGGGAUUAAGUAAAUAUACAGAAAGUUAUUAAAGUUAUUUGGUUGAUAAAUUGGAAUCUCACUUUGUAUGUUUGUUUAUCCUGUAGUUUGAUGGUGUCCAUGUUGUCAGUGGUUCUCUGGAUACUUCAAUCCGUGUAUGGGAUGUAGAGUCUGGCAACUGCCUGCACACAUUGAUAGGUCAUCAAUCUCUGACCAGUGGCCUCGAGUUGAAAAAUAAUAUCCUAGUGUCUGGCAAUGCAGACUCAACUGUGAAGGUCUGGGAUAUCACCACUGGACAAUGCUUGCAGACUCUACAAGGUUGGUGUAUUAUUUAUUUAACUAGCUAUAGCCUGCCAAACAAUUUUCCAUCUACUAAAGCUACUAUACAAACCUUAAAUUCAAGUAACGCACUUGAUAAGAUUCCCAAUUAGUGCCACCACCUCUGAUGAACUAUAUUAAUAUUCUGUCGUGUGUGUGUGUGUGUCGUCGUCCCCCCCCCCCCAUUUUUAUGCCACAGAUUUCUUACACCAUAUCCUCAAAACAAAACUUAUUACGCUCUAGCUGUAUUUUUAAGAACCUCAGUUAUCAGGAAUUUUAUUUUGCAUGCUUUACUAUACAAACCUUAAAUUCAAGUAACGCACUUGAUAAGAUUCCCAAUUAGUGCCACCACCUCUGAUGAACUAUAUUAAUAUUCUGUCGUGUGUGUGUGUGUGUCGUCGUCCCCCCCCCCCAUUUUUAUGCCACAGAUUUCUUACACCAUAUCCUCAAAACAAAACUUAUUACGCUCUAGCUGUAUUUUUAAGAACCUCAGUUAUCAGGAAUUUUAUUUUGCAUGCUAUUGAACCUUAGCGUUAGUGACAUUGUUACAUAAUGAAUUAUGUAUCUUGAUGUUUUUAGUUUGAUUUGCAUCAUGUGUUUGGUUGUUUUUUUUUGUUGUUUUUUUUACACAUUAGUUUCUUCUUUGUUAAAGUAAUGUUUAUUUAUAAGUUGAGCUUAAUGAAUGUGGUCCCUCUUGUCACUGAUCUUGGUGCUUACAGAUUUUUAGUUCAGUUUUUUAAUAGCUUUAGAAUUGAGGGUCUGUAAAAAUUUUAAGACAUGCUUGCAGAUAAUUUUUUUAAAAUAUUUAAUAUUAAAUUAACAGAUAAAGUUAGACAUUUCAUAAUAGAAACUGUCUUUAGGUACUGAAGAGUGCAUUAUUCAUUUAUUUAUUUUGCCGACUUUAAUUUUGGUCACGCUCAUUUUCCAGGACCAAACAAGCAUCAGAGUGCCGUGACUUGCCUUCAGUUUAGUAAGAAGUUUGUCAUCACUUCUUCUGACGAUGGCACCGUUAAAAUAUGGGACCUUAAAACCGGAGAGUUCCUCCGCAAUCUUGUGACAUUGGGGAGUGGAGGCAGCGGUGGGGUUGUGUGGCGUCUGCGUUGCUCAAACACAAGAUUGGUUUGUGCAGUGGGUAGUAGAAAUGGCACUGAAGAGACCAAGCUCAUGGUCCUUGACUUCGAUGUUGAAGACAAAGACAGAAAAUAUUACGGAGAGCAGCAGGUUGAGCGAAGGCAUUCUUCAGGGUUAUAAAAGACAAGAGAGCAGCAGGUUGAGCGAAGGCAUUCUUCAGGCUUAUAAAAGACAAGAGAGCAGCAGGUUGAGCGAAGGCAUUCUUCAGGCUUAUAAAAGACAAGAGAGCAGCAGGUUGAGCAAAGGCAUUCUUCAAGCUCAUAAAAGACAAGUUCUCAUUCCAGAGAGCAUUUUAUCUUAAAUGAAAGCAUUUUUUUUUUAAAUGGACUUGGACCAGGACUUGAGGAUUAAUGGUUUACAAGUGUUAUAUUUUUAAAACUAUUUAAAAGUAAUACUCUUAAACCCACAUUGGACAACCAUUAUUUGAACACUAGGUCAUCAAAAACUGGCUAAGAAAAUAUGAUUUUGUGGAGUUGGUUUCAAUAAUGAGAUAGCACUUCCCUCAAGACAUUGUUUUCAUUCAAGAAACAUACACUUGGGUUUGUGGAAAUGCGUGCAUGCUUUCUCACAACCCUACAAGACAAACCAUUUGUAUUUUUAAGAUGACUAUGAAUGAAAUGGCACUGAAUGACUACACUUGUUGGCAUUGAACUUGCAGCUCUCUGCUCACACGUAGACCAGCAUUUUAAAAUGGGCCUAUCAGUUGUAAAUAGACUGUUUAACUUGAAGAAAUGAAAUAUUCCAGCUCAAUGCAUACAGGAUAGGUUGACUGGGAGGCAAACAUUUCUAUAGUUAAAAGAUUGAUUUCUGAUUCUUGUAUAUUGAAAAAUAACUUGUUACAGCGAUAUUGGUGGGAUUUUUAUAUAAGAAUUGCAAAUAUUUGCCACAACAUUUAAGUUUGAGUUUUUAUUUGUUUUUAAAUAAUGAAGGGUGUUUUUGUUCCCCUCUCCUUGUGGAGGCAAGGUUUCAGUUUUGACUCAGAUCAUAUCCUCAAAGCAGCUUUCAAAUGGGAAUAUUUUAUUUCAAAGUUUCUUAAACUUGCCAAAUUGUUCACAUUAAGUGGACCAGGUGUCUAUGGAAAGACAGCAGUUGGAAGAUUGGAUUAUUAAUAGUAUUGUUCCUCUGAAAUCUCAGACAGCAACUUGUCAUUAGUUCCUUCUGUCCAACAAUUUGUGGUUAGGAUUAGGGAGAGAUUUGUGUCUACAGCAUUCUGUCUAUGUUUCAUGCUAGUUAUGUUCCUGUUUAAUUAAACUCAAAUUUUUUCUGCCUUGGCUUGGUAGUGAUGAAAUAGAAGUGUGUAUGAGAAUAUGUGAAAGUGCUUACAUGGUGACCUCUUCAUUGACUUUAAUCAUUGUAACAUGUGACCUUCAUCACUGAAUUUUCAAAAAAUAGUAAAAUUUCAAGAUAAAGCUGGUAGGUGUGGAGUACCUUAGGUGAGUGGUUUCAUGAAGUAUUUGAUGUGGAGUCCUAACAUGAAUGUGAUACCUAACAGUGUUAUAUUAUUUAUGUCUGCCCCUGACCGAGUUGGCAAAGACGAGAAGUGUUAUUAUUGAUAAAAAUCAGUUGCACAUUUUGUGUUUCCACAGCAGGCAUACAUGUUGACACUGAAAUUUAUGUUUAUUUGUGUUAUAUUUCCCACUUGUGGAUCUACCAAAAAAAAAAAAUCAGGUUUGUAAUUAAUUGUUAAAUUUUCCCUAAAUAAAUCUUGUAUGUAUAUUAUUAACUCCCCUGCGGCCAGUGGAAUCAUUAUCCUUCUAGCGUUGUGGAUGUACAUCUAAAUAACUUGUACACCUCAGCCUUGUGUAUAGCACAAUUUCUGUUAUCUGUUAUGUUUACCGUGAAGCCUGAUUGCUAUCUCUGCCAGCAAGAGGACACACACAGCAACGAUGUUAACAAAGCCACAUCACAUUGAUGUAUCCCAUUGUAUAGCUUAUUUUGUCAUUCUUUGACCAGGGAGUAUCCCAUUGUAUAGCUUAUUUUGUCAUUCUUUGACCAGGGAAGACAUUUUUCCAUUGAACUAAUAUAUCUCUAUUAAAUAUCAUCUCAUAUUUUACUGUCCAGGUUUAAACAUACGUUUGUUUGACACCACAGUUCAGGGGUGGGUGCUCCAUGACAUCACAAUGUUGUUGUUUUUUUUUGGGGUGACAUUUGAAUCCUAGGACUCAUUUUAAAAAUGAUUUACUCAAUAAAAAU